AUGAGCAAGAAAUUAGAUUUAGUUGCAUUACAUAUUACUUUAACUGAAGAAAAUAUUGAAAUUAAUAAAGAAAUACAAAUUCUUCAUUGUCAAGAAUAUUUUUGGUCAAAUUUAAAAUAUUUACAUAACUUUAUUCAUAUGAUUGAGAGUAAUAAUUUACUCUUAUCUACAGCAUAUAUUGAAUUUAAUAAGCUACUAAAUUGGGAUGAAUUAAUUGAAGAAAUUAUUCAGCUAGCUAAUAAUAAAUCUUCAGAAUUAAUUUUAAGUGAAUUAGCAGAUUAUGUAGAAAAAACUGGUCCUUUUUCAAGUCAGUCAAUUGAUUUUAACUAUAAUGAAGAAUUAGAUAAAUUUAUUAACAUUGAGGAAACUAUUAAUAUUGAAGAAGAUAUUAAUGUUGAAAAACUAGUUAAUGAAAAUUAUAAUAAUUUAAAUUUGUUAUAUAAUUCAGAUUUAAAUAAAAUAGAUUAUAAUAAUAUUUUAAAUACUAAUAGUUUAUGA